CAACCUCACAACAUGAUUUGUUUUCCGGUUAAAAUAUAGAGAUCUAUUCUUUAGAUAGAUCUAUUAACUUCAGCCGCUAUAGACUAGAUCUGGACGUACUAGAUUCUAUUACAGUUGGCUUCAACAAAAUGACAUUUUUUCACUUUGGAAAUUGCGUUGCCCUUGCUUACGUACCAUAUGUUAUAGUUUAUAAAUGCUCUGGAUUAGCUGAGUACAGUGCCUUUUGGAAAUGUGUACAAGCAGGAGGAGCCUAUUUGAUUACACAGCUGUGUAAGAUGAUGUUACUGGCUACGUUCUUUCCCUCUACUGAGUCUGUCUCUGGUGGCCUUGAUGUCACUGGGGAAUUCUUCAAGUCAACUGUUGACAUUGCUGACCUGAUAGGCCUUCACAUUGUUAUGUCUAAAUUUGCUGGUAAAGGUCAGCUGAAGUUUAUGAUAGCUGGAAUGGGGUGGGCCACUGCAGAGUUAGCUGUCACCAGAUUUCUGCCACUGUGGAUGGGAGCAAGAGGAGUUGAGUUUGACUGGAAGUACAUACAGAUGAGCUUAGACUCCAAUAUUAGUCUUAUUAGCCACAUCAGUGUUGCCAUGUUGGUUUGGUUGUACAGUCGAAGUGAUUUACAGAAGUCCUCUCUGCCCAUUGUGAUUACAUUGUUAGCAUUGUCCUGUUACAGACCCCUGAUUGUUGAAAUUCUGGUCCAGGCAGUAGGGCUUGGGUCGUGGAUGCUGCUGCUGGCUAAGGCUUCCUUCACAUCUGUUGUAGCUCUUAUCUCCCUGCAGAUGUAUCUCAGCAUUCCUUCCCAGGGAAGCAACUCCUAUUACUAAUGCCCAAGAUUAAUAAUAAAUAGCAUAAAUUCAGUAGUAUGGUGCUUUUAAUUACUGAAAAAUCUCUUUGUUCUAAAGAGUUAGAGAUAUUUUUUAAUCUGUUAGAUAAGUUGUUUUUUUUUUUACUUUUACUUAUUUCAGAGUUAAAUGUAUCAUUACAUCAGUGUUCACUUGAAUGAUAUUGAACAUUAUUUAGAUAACUUACUGCUAAUAGUACUACUGGGUUGUAUAUAUUGCACUAUCAUGCUUUAUUCAGCCACUGAAAUGAUUUUUAAUAAGUACCGGUAUUCAUUUUUGGUAAGACCAAUCUUGUCAUUUGGUGUGAUUGAUUGUUUUAAAUCAUGGGUUUAGUUUUUCACUAAUCAGAACAUGCUGUGUUGGAUUGUAAAUGAAUGAAUGAUUACCAGAGAUAGCUUGUGCCAGUACACUAUUUCAAAAGAUUUUUUUGACUGAGCUGUUUAUUAUCAUACAAAAUAAAUAAUAUCUUCAUAUUGUCGAUUGUGAUAAUGUCCCUGACGCAGUUAUGUGUGAUAGUGUAGUUUUGAAUGUUAAGGGUGUCAUGAACCCACAUGUUAUAAUUUAUUUCUAUGAAUUCAGAUCAGUGUGUGAGGGAGGACAUGCAUUGUUCAUAUAUCAGAUAUGAACCUAUGAACAAACAUGAAUGAAUGUUGAAAUGAUUGGUUUUGUAUUGCAUGUUUGUUGAAGAUCUUUUAUGUGAAGUUAGACUAGAAUAUGUUCAAUAAAUUGUCCUUUCUAUUUUUUUUAAAUGUAUACAUUUACUGAAUGAACA